AAGAAAGAGCACAAAAAAUGUAUCUAAGAACAACAAUAGACCCAAAUCCUCGUGUAUUUUUCCCAUCAAAUCCACAAUUUCCAAGAACCCAAAAUGGGUCUUUAAGAGUUUAUUCAAAGCUUAACAACAAUGUUAUAGAAAUUAGUGAAACAAAGAGCUUUUAUGAGCUUCUUGGUAUACCAGAAACAGUGUCUUUAUUCGAAAUAAAACAAGCGUACAAACAACAAGCUAGAAAGUACCACCCGGAUGUGUCACCACCGGGUCGGGUCGAAGAAUAUACAGAAAGGUUCAUUCGGGUUCAAGAAGCUUAUGAAACAUUAUCGGAUCCUAAGACAAGAGAUAUGUACGAUAAACAUAUGUCUAAAGGACUUCACUUUGCAUUUUGUGCUCGUAGGAGGUGCCAAAAUGAUGAGUCAAUGGAGGACAAAGGCGAAUGGAAGAAUCGUUGGCAAUCUCAGCUGUCAGAGUUAAAGAGAAGAAACAUGCACAAGGACUCUGGUAACAAUAUGUCUUGGGGUGCACGUAUGCGCAGACAAAGGAAUGAAGCAUCAUCAUAAUGAAUAAUCCUUGUUAUAAUUUUUCGAUGUUGCUUGUAUAUAGCGUAAAAAUUAUGUUCUCUUUCUUUUAACCUCCACUUUAAUUAGAUAGUUUCCCUGAAAAUAGUUCUGGAGGUAGUGCUUGGUUAGCAUUGAUGUUAUAAGUAGUACAACACCUUUACAAGUGCUAACCAAAUAUAGGAAACAAUUAUCUGUACAGAGUUAUUUGAAUCAAGAUGCUGUUUAACCAUAACAA